GCUGAAGAAAAGUUUGUAACGGCAUUUCGAAUGUGUCCUAAAUCUAGUUUGAAAAAUAAGGAGUUAAUACUUCGUUAUCUUAUCCCUGUUUGGCUAACUCGGGGUGUUUUACCAUCGCCGGAGGUACUUUCUCGGUACCCUAAGUUAGAAUCUUUGUAUAAACCAUUCAUUGAUGCCAUUAGAGAUGGUAAUGUCAAAAAGUUUGAUGACGCACUUGCAAAGUUUGAACUAAAAUUAGUUGCUCAAAAUACGUUCCUGACUGUUGAACUGGCACGAGAGAUUGCGAUGAGGGUCUUAUUCAAGAAAGUAUACUUAAUCAACAUUCGAGAAUCAAAGGUUCCAUUGAGCAAAUUUCAACAGGCUCUGAAAUAUGUAGGAAGAGACGUGGAAAUGGCUGAAGUAAUGUGGUAUAUGGCCUCAAUGAUUCAAAAGGGUUUAAUCAGAGGAUACUUAUCGUAUUCCAAAGAGUUUCUAGUUUUGAGUGAGAAAAAUGCUUUUCCCGUCUUUGGCGCACCAGCAUUCACAUGA